AUGGCUAACAAGCUGGCAACUGUUGACAGCUUUCGAUAUCUGGGCUCACUCGUUUCACACAACCUUUCCGUAGAUGCAGAAAUCAACGCUUGUAUCGGAAAAGCAGCUGGCGUGAUGUCUUAUCUCACUAAGAAGGUAUGGGAAAACAAAAACCUAACUCUCGACACAAAGCAAAAGGUCUACCAAGCAUGCGUCCUCAGCUUCACUUGGAAAGACAAGAUCACUAAUCAUGAAGUCCUCAGCACCUCAGCAAAACAAAAUUUACUUCCAUUUUUGCCAUGCGUAGCCAGAGACAUUUUCACUUGCGAGGUCACAUUCGCCGCAUGGAAGUGGUCGCCUCCCAAAAGAUCUGCUGUAUGGACAGCUGGCACACGGCACACUACUCCUCCUCCUCCUCCUCCUCCUCCUCCUCUUCCUCUUCCUCCAUCACCUCCUCCUCCUCCUCUUCCUCUUCCUCCAUCACCUCCUCCUCCUCCUCUUCCUCUUCCUCCAUCACCUCCUCCUCCUCCUCCUCCUCCUCUUCCUCUUCCUCCAUCACCUCCUCCUCCUCCUCCUCUUCCUCUUCCUCCAUCACCUCCUCCUCCUCCUCCUCCUCCUCCUCCUCCUCCUCUUCCUCUUCCUCCAUCACCUCCUCCUCCUCCUCCUCCUCUUCCUCUUCCAGCACCUUCUUCUCCUCCUCCCCCUCCUCCUCCUCUUCCUCUUCCUCCAUCACCUCCUCCUCCUCCUCCUCCUCCUCCUCUUCCUCUUCCAGCACCUUCUUCUCCUCCUCCCCCUCCUCCUCCUCUUCCUCUUCCUCCAUCACCUCCUCCUCCUCCUCCUCCUCCUCUUCCUCUUCCUCCAUCACCUCCUCCUCCUCCUCUUCCUCUUCCUCCAUCACCUCCUCCUCCUCCUCCUCCUCCUCCUCUUCCUCUUCCUCCAUCACCUCCUCCUCCUCCUCCUCUUCCUCUUCCUCCAUCACCUCCUCCUCCUCCUCCUCCUCCUCCUCUUCCUCUUCCUCCAUCACCUCCUCCUCCUCCUCCUCUUCCUCUUCCAGCACCUUCUUCUCCUCCUCCCCCUCCUCCUCCUCUUCCUCUUCCUCCAUCACCUCCUCCUCCUCCUCCUCCUCCUCCUCCUCCUCCUCCUCCUCUUCCUCUUCCUCCAUCACCUCCUCCUCCUCCUCCUCUUCCUCUUCCAGCACCUUCUUCUCCUCCUCCCCCUCCUCCUCCUCUUCCUCUUCCAGCACCUUCUUCUCCUCCUCCCCCUCCUCCUCCUCUUCCUCUUCCAGCACCUUCUUCUCCUCCUCCCCCUCCUCCUCCUCUUCCUCUUCCUCCAUCACCUCCUCCUCCUCCUCUUCCUCUUCCAGCACCUUCUUCUCCUCCUCCCCCUCCUCCUCCUCUUCCUCUUCCUCCAUCACCUCCUCCUCCUCCUCUUCCUCUUCCUCCAUCACCUCCUCCUCCUCCUCUUCCUCUUCCUCCAUCACCUCCUCCUCCUCCUCCUCUUCCUCUUCCAGCACCUUCUUCUCCUCCUCCCCCUCCUCCUCCUCUUCCUCUUCCUCCAUCACCUCCUCCUCCUCCUCCUCCUCCUCUUCCUCUUCCUCCAUCACCUCCUCCUCCUCCUCUUCCUCUUCCUCCAUCACCUCCUCCUCCUCCUCCUCCUCCUCUUCCUCUUCCUCCAUCACCUCCUCCUCCUCCUCCUCCUCCUCUUCCUCUUCCUCCAUCACCUCCUCCUCCUCCUCCUCCUCUUCCUCUUCCAGCACCUUCUUCUCCUCCUCCCCCUCCUCCUCCUCUUCCUCUUCCAGCACCUUCUUCUCCUCCUCCCCCUCCUCCUCCUCUUCCUCUUCCAGCACCUUCUUCUCCUCCUCCCCCUCCUCCUCCUCUUCCUCUUCCUCCAUCACCUCCUCCUCCUCCUCCUCCUCCUCCUCUUCCUCUUCCUCCAUCACCUCCUCCUCCUCCUCCUCCUCCUCCUCCUCCUCCUCCUCCUCUUCCUCUUCCAGCACCUUCUUCUCCUCCUCCCCCUCCUCCUCCUCUUCCUCUUCCUCCAUCACCUCCUCCUCCUCCUCCUCUUCCUCUUCCAGCACCUUCUUCUCCUCCUCCCCCUCCUCCUCCUCUUCCUCUUCCUCCAUCACCUCCUCCUCCUCCUCCUCCUCCUCCUCCUCCUCCUCCUCCUCCUCCUCCUCCUCCUCCUCCUCCUCCUCCUCCUCCUCUUCCUCUUCCUCCAUCACCUCCUCCUCCUCCUCCACCUCCUCCUCCUCCUCCUCCUCCUCCUCCUCCUCCUCCUCCUCCUCCUCCUCCUCCUCCUCCUCCUCCUCCUCCUCCUCCUCCU